AUGAAAUUAGGGAUCCCUUUGAGGCUUAUCGGAAGGAUAUCGAAAUGGCAGCUCGUCGUCACCCUUCUUAGUGGUGUAGGAACUUGUGCACCAUGGACAUCUGGUACGGAUAGUCUUGGUGCGGUAUCAAGUGAGAGCCGACUAUGUAGUGAGAUCGGGAUAGAGCUGCUGGAGCGAGGGGGAAAUGCUGCAGAUGCGUUGGUUGGAACAGCGUUAUGUGUUGGAGUUGUUGGUAUGCAACAUAGUGGGAUUGGAGGAGGUGGAUUUAUGCUUGUCCGUGGCCCUGAUGGAAAAUACGAGUCUAUUGAUUACCGAGAAACAGCACCCGCAGCGGCUCAUAGAGAUAUGUACAAAGAUAAUGUGCUUGGAAGUGUUUGGAGUGGGUUGGCGAGUGGAGUACCUUCAGAUCUUCGCGGAUUGGAGUAUCUGCACAACAAAUAUGGAGUAUUGCCAUGGAGAGCAGUAUGUAAUCCUGCUGUGCAUGUAGCGAGAUAUGGAUUCCCAGUCACCGAAGAUUUGGUCUGGUAUAUGAAUGCUGCGAUGUCUUUCAAUAAUGGUUCUAAUCCAUUUCUUACUGAGGAUCCGUCAUGGGCUGUUGAUUUUGCGCCGAAUGGAACACUCCUUGGACUUGACGAGACUUUGACGAGAAAGCGAUAUGCAAAUACACUCGAAACCAUUGCUAAAUAUGGUGCUGGGGCAUUUUAUGAAGGAGAAAUUGCAAACUACACCAUAGCUGCAAUUCAAGCUCAGAAUGGUACCAUGACACUUGAAGAUCUGAAGAACUACGCAGUCUCAGUUCGUGAACCUAUUAGCAUCAAAUACAAAGGCUACAACCUUCACUCCACCGGCGUACCGAGUGGUGGAGGUGUCGCCCUCAGUAUCCUCAAAAUCAUGGAAGGAUACAACAUCACCGAUCUCAACGACAUAGAGGAGAUGGCACUCAACACUCAUCGAUUCGAUGAGGCCAUGAGAUAUGCGUACGCUGCACGCAGUGAAUUGGGAGACCCAGACUUCUUCAGCUACAUGGUCGGUCUCGAGGCAGAGAUGUUGAAGUCUAAGACUGCUGCGAAGACUAGAGAGAAGAUUCUUGAUGACCGCACGAAGAACGUUACUGAUUAUCGACCUCUCCCAAACUCAAAGCAAUACUUCUUACCUGAGAAUCAUGGGACGAGUCAUAUUGUGACUUCAGAUGCUUCGGGACUUUCUAUCUCGUCGACUUCGACUGUGAAUUUACUUUUUGGUUCACAACUUGUUGUUCCCGAGACUGGGGUGAUAAUGAACAACGAAAUGAACGACUUCUCUAUUCCUGGCGUGCCCAACGCAUUCGGAUUCGUUCCCUCACCAAUAAAUUACAUCGCACCUGGAAAACGACCCCUCUCAUCCAUCAGUCCAAUCAUCGUUGAGCAUCCAAACGGGACUCUAUACCUCUCUGUCGGGGCUGCGGGAGGUUCUCGAAUCAUCACUUCUACCGCACAAACGGUAUGGCAUGUUCUGGAUCACGAGAUGAUGGUUCCUGAAGCUCUGGCUGCGCCGAGACUGCACGAUCAAUUGAUGCCUGCGUACACGACUUUUGAAAAAACGUUCAACAAAGAUGUGAUCGAGAUCAUGAAAGAGAAGGGGCAUAAUACUUCUUGGGCUGGUGUCCAUGAUAGUGCCGUUCAGGGCGUGAGGAGAUUGUGGAAUGGGACUUUCGAGGCUGGGAGUGAACCGAGGCAAUUUAACAGUGGUGGUUUGGCAGUAUAG